AUGGGUGAACCCGCAGGCACCCGCGGUCUUCAACAUAACAUUCUCUCCCACCUCUCAAUCUCUUAUCGGUCAACUGGAUGUGCGUUAGAAGAGAGUUUCGAUGGUUUUGUGGAAGAGGAGGAGGAGGAAGAGGAAGUCGAAGAAGAGAAGGAGGUGAGGAAGGUUAUUGGAUCAAAAGCGGGAAAGAGUAAUUUAGGAAAUGGGGCUAAAACAUCACGAAAGAGGAAAAGGGUUUUGUAUGGAGAUGAAGAAGAUGAGGAUUAUGAAGGAGAGGAGGAGGAAGAGGAGGAUGAGGAGUUUACCCUUGAUGAAGAUGAUUGUUUGGAUGAUGAAGAGGAAUUGGUGGUCACGAAUAAGAAAAACAACAGUAGGAAGAAUAAGAAGUUGGGUAGAAAAGUCUAA